AUGCAAGGGAGUCGACAAUCAUCUUUAGCAUUUUUAAGUCCACGGUCCGCAACAUCAUUGUGGACAUCGCAUUUGGUUGCUACAUUGUGGAAGCUCGCGAUCAUGCGGUCUCGCAAAGUGCGCAGCCAAUCCAAAGCUUCUACAAACCAUCCCGAUAUUAUAUAUGGCAGUCCAACAACAAAAGGAACAAUUGUGGUCAGCGAAUCCUCGAAUAUGCACAAAGCGACUCGUAAGGAGCUUGCAUCCGGGAUUGUCUCACUAGCUGAUCUUGAGGCAAUUACGGGCUUUCGACUUGUCAAGAACGACUUACGCUUACCUUUGGACGACGAUGCGUGUUCCGACGCACCCACUGCCACGUCUGAUAACUGCAGCGAUGGAGGCGAGAAUCUAAUGGAGGAUGAUAAGCACGUAGCAAGCUCAAUCAAUAAGUCAAGUGCCCAUUCGCCACUUAACCGACACUUUUGUGGUAAAUCAGCAAAAUGGGUCUGCGUCGGAUAUGGUCGCUAUGUUAAGAUAAGCACAAAGGUGUGA